AUGGGCCUGCUCUCCACCCUUCGCCUGUCGAGACGGCCAACGGCCCAGCAGCGUCAAAAGGAAGAGAGGCGAUACAAUGAGCUCGCAAAGGCGGGGAAACCACCAGGCACCAAGCGGCUGUGUGUCAUCCUCAGCGUGGUCCUGUUCGUCGUAAUGGGUGCGGACGUGGUGGACGAGUGCAACAAACGGAACGCGAUGAAGGAGCCCCGUUGCGUCCCUGUUUGGUGGCGCACGACGAGCGUGUUCCGCCCCACGCUGCCCAUCCAACGGAUCGAGUCUUGGGCUGAAUCGAUAGCAGCCCGGCCUCUCAGACUACCUGUUUACCUCGAGAUCUGGAUUGAGGGUGUAGGCACUGCUGACGCUUUUGACUCAGUCCAAAAGUGUGCGUGGGACAUCCACAACAGAACAUUGGAGGGUAUGGGCUAUAAGACGAUCACUCAGAAGGUGUUUCCUUUGGGUAUUAGAAUCGUCCAGUGUGGAACUUUAGACUGCAAGACUGUUGCAUCAGCUGGGGAUUUCUUGCCGGGGAGGAGUGAAGGCCCCUGUUUCAACAUAUCCCAGAGCACAUGUGACAACAGUUCAGAUGAUGCCUUGCUCGGCAGCAUUGAAAGGGCUGGACGCGCAGUACUGGGCUCUUAUGUCCUUAUAGUUAGGAAUGGGCAGGGGAGCUCCGCCCCCAAAGUAUGCAUGGGAAAAUAUCGGCAUGCUGUUGCACACAUGGUCGAUCCAUGGUCAAGGGGAGCCUUACAAAGCCUUGCCAGCAUUGCUGUUGAUCUCCUUGUCCAUCAUUGGGGUCAGGGAUCAGGCCCCAACGCUGAGAAGCAAGGAGGUCAGCUGCCUGUUUCCCCUGCCUCUCAAGUGCUCAUGUCCUUCAGCCUUUGCAAUGCAAACCCUAAUGAUGGCUACUGGACGUGGGAUUUCGAUCGCUUUGAGGAAACCUGGUUGAGACCUGUGCUGGUGUCAAUUGAGGCUGUCAUGAACGUCGAUGUGGAAAGUCAGGUCCUUUAUCACACUUCAACAGAUGUCAAGACUAAGUACGUCCGGGUUCAACAUGCACAUGUUGUCAAGGCCUCAGCUUUGCCAUUCUUUGUGAGCAGUGAAUGGCAGCUGGACUCAGGACGAACAGUGACCUCAAGGAAUGACAGGAGAGAAAUCAACAGGACCCACACAGCGCACCUCUCCAGUGUGUUGAGUCCCGUUGUUCUCCACUGGGUGGUCUUCAUACCUCCAAGCAACAGGCGACCAAUGAGGAUCGUGGAUGACACCACUGGUCACGCCUCCAAGACAAAUGCAUUUAAAAUACCCUCUUGGGGCGGAGUUCUCAUCAUCAAUCCCAGCAAGGCAGUCAAUGAGAGUGCGGCAGAUAGGCAAUUGCACCAUGACCUAGAGGCAGUUCAUUAUUGGGAGAUUGCUGCAGUGUUUGUUGCCCAGCUACGUGGGUUGCUUGGCUUGCCCGAGACGCCCAAGGCCACUGACAGUGUGCAGUCGCUGCCAUCAGAAGUGCGUGGGUUUGCCGAUUGGGAGGUCGAUGUGCUGUUGAGGCAGAGGGCAGCAGCUGAUGUGAAGGCGUGUGCAGACACACUGGUGGCCCUGGCCCGUGUGAUGCAGAAGCUGCCCAACUUGGAGAUGCCCAAUUUCAUUGGAGCACAGGUGGUUGAAGCUCUUACAGCAGGAGAGAGCGCUGUCAAGGCGGCAGCAGCAGGCGACUAUGCCCUUGCCGUGCUCUCCACUCGUCGGGCUCGCAGACUUGCUGAGGAGGCCUUCACGCAUCCCUCCAUUCUCACACAGCUGAAUUUCCCCGAUCAGCACAAGGUCGCCAUCUACAUCCCAUUGUUCUUGCCAGCCUUGGUGGCUGUGGCUGCUGCACUCACAUCCGAAGUCACGAGGUUCCUCAAACGGCGGUCGGUGUCAGCGGCCUGGAGGAAUGCCCAUCGCAGCAGUGCUGGCUGA